CUCUUCAAGUUCUGCAUCAGUCAUAAAUGUGAAUUCAGGGGUAGCUAGGCGCCUUUCCAAUUUCUUUGUUCUAAAGACUUUAUCAUAAUCAAUUUUCACUAUUUUCUUUAAUAAUUCUUGUACAUUUUCAUUGAAAAACAGAGGGACGGUUUCUUGAUUCAGAGAACCUAAAAAUAAGUUUCAGUUUGCAAAGGAAAUUUAAAAAAUAAUUUAGUGUUAAAUUGUAAAAUAAAUUUACCUGCAUCUUUACAAUAGUUACAUACAGCUAGUUCAUCUUGAAGUAUCUUUCUGUUAUAAUUUCGUAAACCAAACACACCAUGACUUAAAAUUCUUAAAUUUUUCCAAAUCCUCAUAGUUCUGGUUAUAUGAAAUAUAAUUUACAUAGACGUCCCUACCACCCACCACUUCAAAAUCUUGACAAAUUUAAAUAACAAAACUAAUCCUCCUACUGCUUAUCAACUGAAAUUAGAUACAAUUAACUUAUUAAUUUGUAUAAUACAAAAUUUGACUACAGCAACAAAUCCAAUCCUCUGUACGAAAGGUACCUUCCAGGAAGGUAAUUAAAAUUGUAACCUUCCAAUUAUCACGUGCUGAAGUUGUUUCUUUGAAAGCUGAUAACAAAUCCAAUUUUUCUUUCCGAAAUUAAUUUUUCUUUUUAUAAAAUUGUUAAUUACACCAUCUUUAUAUUUCCUAACCUUUAUAUUUACAACCCUUGAAUUUAUAACCUUCUUUCUGUAGUGUGGUAAACUGUUUGACGUGACAGAAAUUACAUUUACACUUGGCAGUUACAUGAUUCAUGUCUCUGUUGUUAAACUGCUUAUGGAAGGUCAGUUUAAUAAGAGAAAGUAAAGAUUCACUUCUGAGGUUGGUACCUUUGUUAAUCAGUGAAAGGAAGAGUAGUUGGGGAACUAAGAAGCAGCACAGGAAAGUUAAACUUCCUCUUUAUUUUAAUAAAAUGGGUGAUUCUAAAACUGAAGAAAUUCUUGCUCCACUGAGGGCUUCUGUCAAGGAGCAGGGUGACUUGGUUAGAUCUUUAAAAGCAGAUGGAGCACCAGAAUUAGACAUUAAAAAAGCAGUCGCUGAGUUAAAAACUAGAAAAAAAAUUUUGGAAGAUAAGGAGUUAGCUUUGGCUCCAGCUACAUUUGAUAGGGCUUUGAUGGAAGACCUUUUAAAAAGAAGAUUUUUUUAUGACCAGUCAUUUGCGAUUUAUGGAGGUAUAACUGGUCAGUUCGAUUAUGGGCCUAUGGGAUGUGCCUUAAAAGCAAACAUGCUUCAUUUGUGGAGGAACUUUUUUGUUUUGGAGGAUAACAUGUUAGAAGUAGAUUGUUCUAUUCUCACACCUGAGCCAGUUUUGAAGGCUUCUGGCCACGUGGAACGAUUUGCAGAUUUGAUGGUGAAGGACACGAAGUCCGGUGAAUGUUUUAGGCUUGAUCAUUUGAUUAAAUCAGCAUUAGAAAAACAAUCUGCUGAUCCAAAAAUGCCUGUUGCUUUGAAAAAUGAAAUCGCAGAUAUUGUUGUUAAGCUAGAUGGCAUGACUAAAGAUGAAAUGGCAGCCUUAUUGAAAAGAUUUAAUAUAAAGUCCCCCCUUACUGGAAAUGACCUCUCUGAACCUAUCGAAUUUAAUCUUAUGUUUUCUACCCAGAUUGGACCUUCAGGACUUGUCAAAGGGUAUUUGAGGCCAGAGACAGCACAAGGAAUGUUUGUUAACUUUAAGCGCUUACUGGAAUUCAAUCAGGGAAAGCUUCCUUUCUCUGCGGCACAAAUUGGAAAUGCUUUCCGUAAUGAAAUAUCACCUAGAUCUGGUCUGAUCAGAGUAAGAGAAUUCACCUUAGCUGAAAUUGAACAUUUCUGUGAUCCGUCCAACAAAAGUCACCCCAAAUUCAAUAGCGUCCAGGAUACUAAAAUGUUACUAUAUUCUGCCUGUGAUCAAAUGGAUGGAAAAUCUCCUUCUAUUAAAACAAUAGGAGAAGCUGUCAAUUCGGGUCUUGUAGCAAACGAAACACUAGGUUACUUUAUGGCACGAAUUCAUUUAUAUUUGUUAAACGUCGGCAUCGAUUCUGAGAAAUUAAGGUUCAGACAACAUAUGGCUCAGGAAAUGGCACAUUAUGCAUGUGAUUGUUGGGACGCUGAAGCUCUUACUUCCUACGGAUGGAUAGAGAUUGUGGGAUGUGCGGAUAGAUCAGCUUAUGAUCUAACACAGCAUGCUCGUGCGACUGGGAUCAGACUUGUUGCAGAAAAAAGGCUCUCUCAACCUAAACAAGUUCUUGUUACAAGAGCAGUAGCAAACAAAGGGAUUCUUGGGAAAGAAUUCAAGAAAGAUGCUAAAGGAAUAAUUGAUUAUUUAGAAAAACUCACAAUAGAAGAUGUAGAUUCAUUAGAGAAUGAACUUAAAAAAAAUGGAUCCUCUGAAUUGAAUAUAGAUGGCCAAAGCCGCAAAAUUACAAAUGAUAUGGUAGUUGUGAAAAGAGAACAGAAAACUGUCCAUGUUGAAGAAAUAACUCCUGCUGUCGUUGAACCUGCGUUCGGAAUUGGCAGAAUUUUAUAUUCUGUUUUAGAACAUUCUUUUAGGAGCAGAGAGAAUGAUCAACAAAGAAAUUAUUUCUCGUUUCCUGCAUCCAUUGCUCCUUUGAAGUGUUGCGUUUUUCCACUUAGUGGAAAUGCUGAGUUCCAGCCUUUUGUCCAAAUUAUUUGUGCUGGCUUAAGGAGUGAAGAUGUAAGCCAUCGUGUUGAUGAUUCCAGUGGUUCCAUAGGUAGGCGCUAUGCAAGAACUGAUGAAGUAGGUGUUCCUUAUGGCGUAACUGUUGAUUUUGAUACAGUUACUUCAGACACAGCUACUCUGAGGGAACGUGACUCUAUGAAGCAGAUCAGGCUGAAGAUAUCGGAAAUUCCAACUGUAGUGAAAAAUCUAUCCUCUGGAAAAAUGACCUGGGCCCAAGCAGAAGAAAUAUAUCCUAAGUUUGAACAACAAGAAGCGUCAAAAGAAGCUUAAUUGGUGAUAGAAGCUAUGAUUGCCCUAACUGUCAAUGUCACUCGUAAAUAAAUACGAGGUGAUAAAUUUUAAUAUGAAGUUUUUUCUAUAUAACUUAUAUUCUCACAUGCCUGCCUCUAUUAUUGUCAUUUUAUUAAGGUAAUGGAUUUUAAAUACUUGGAUCAUCUUAAAAUUUUUAUAAAUAUGUUAAAUAAAACCCAUUAUUAUUUUUAAAAAUGUUAUUUCAUCCAUCAAAACAACAGCUAUAAAUGUAUUGCUAUGAGUUAACAUAUGUUUAUCAAUUUUUAAAAUAUUUGUUGUAGUUUUAUAUUAUGAGACAAGUAGUUUUAUUACAGUAAUACUUUUUUUUUUCAAGAAUUAAUUUCUUGCUUCACUCCACAUUUGUAGUAACAGCCUAUGAUCUGAUUAAAAUUUUAGUUCCACUUUUUCCUAGGAAAAUACUUCAAGUAUCAAAAGAUUUGCAUACAAAAUGAUAAUCUUGAGUGAAAAAUUUCUAAAAAAGUAGUCCCAAAAUGUAAAGUACCAUCAGAUCAUCAGUGGAAAAAUGAGUUUUGACUUAUAAAACAAGAUACAUCCUAUAAACCUGUUACAAAAUAAGAAAAAUGUUGAUGGACACAGCAAAUAACAACGAUAUUAACAAAAAUGAGGCCAAACAAAUCCUGUUGAUAGAAGGUCCACCUGCAGCUGAUCCAUUGCUGAAUCGUUUUAUGAGCUUGAAAGUUGAAGACUCAAUUCAACAGGAUUUAAAUUUAGAAGAUCAUGAUCACUUUGACACUGCUUCUACCACAACAAUUUUUGGAUCUUACUUUUCCAAUGAUUCCCAAAUUAAGCGUUCCAACUCUGAAUCUGAUGAGGAAAAUCAGAAUAAAUCUGUAUCAGACCUGAGAAAAAAAUGUUUGGAAGAAGAAAGAAAAUGGCUUCGAUAUAAAAUUGACUCAGUAACGAAAGAACAAGCGAUAAUAUUUUGUAUUUUAGGACAACUUUUGUUACCACCAGAAGACAUAAAGGGAUCUCGGAAAGAAAUACCAUUUCCAGAUGACGCAAAACAAAUAUUGUUAUUCAUGACAUAUGGUGAUCAUUGGUUGUUACGUGAUUUAUCUUAUGUUCUGGGAUAUGUUGAUAAAGUUAACAGUCUUAUAAUGUCAUUUGAAGGUCUUAUUGACUUGAGGAGUUCAAGUAGAUCAUACUUGGAAGCACUUAUAGUAAAUCAGUUUGGAAUUCCAAAGAAUGAAAUAUGCUAUGAAUCAGAUGGUUAAAUGUCCGUUUCACUGUCUUCAGCAACAAUGUAAACUAAUAAAUUUCAAUUGUUGAUGGAUGCAUAAAUCUUUAUCUAAUAAUAAAUAUUAUUCCUUUUUUGCUCCUAGAAUUAAAUAUAACAAUUUUGU